GAACCCUUUCCUGUUUCACAUCUUCUUCCUCUCCCUCUGUAAACCACAACCUUCAACCUCUUAAGAGUCUCUGCAAGUCUGCAACAGAGUGAGCUUAGUGGUGUAGAGACUAUAGAAAUCAUGCUCGAAGAGUCACUUCCUUCAAUCUGGGCUUCUAUGUAUAUAGCUGGUUUACCCCAACUGUGCUUUUUGUUCUUUUGAAUCUGAUGACCGGUACCAUCUUCUUCACUUCAGGCUUUGGAACCCAGAAAAAAUCAAGCUAAGGAGGGAAGCAAUCCCAGGUAACUCGAGCUCCUUCCGUUCUGGAGUGAUUCAAAUCCUUCAAUCUCUACCGCUACAGAUUCGGAGGAGCAACAGCAACCAGACCAUGAGGAGGAGGAGGAGGAGGAGGAGGAGGAGGAGGAGACCCUAGAUCACCACCUAGAACAUGGAGAUUAAAAGCAGGUUAACGACCAUCACGUCAAAAGGUCGAUGUUGGAUACGAAACCGGCCUCCGGCAAUUUUCCGGUGAAGCUGCCUCAGAAGAUGAAGAAGUCGGCGAGUUCGAAUAUGGUUCGAAAUCCUCUACGUUUUGAUCAACCCGGUCUAUUUCCAAUAUAAAAAAAAUGUCUUUCUCUCUCGGCUAUUUUGGGCGCUCUCGUUCGUCCUAAACAUCUCCAGCUGAACUGUGAAGGCAAUUGCGUGCUCAUUGUAUAAAAACCUGAAAAAACCGUACACAACAACACACGAGGCAAGAGGUGGGGUGGGUUCGUCUCUCAGAGUUAGGGUUUAAGUUGCAGAAACCCUAAGUUGUAAUGGCGAAACGGGAAUUUAUGGUCUAUAACACCAUGACUAAACAGAAGGAAAUCUUCAAGCCCAAAGAGCCUGGUAAGGUGGGCAUGUACGUUUGUGGCAUCACCGCCUACGAUUAUAGCCACAUUGGCCACGCUCGUGUUUAUGUCGCCUUCGAUGUCCUCUACAGAUACCUGCGAUAUUUGGGGUAUGAAGUCAAUUAUGUGCGGAACUUUACUGAUAUUGAUGACAAGAUAAUUCGUAGAGCAAAUGAACUGGGGAAACAUGCAAUAACUUUGAGUGGUGAGUUCUGCGAGGAAUUUAUUAGAGACAUGGAAGAUCUAGGGUGCUCAAGUCCUCCACAAGAACCUCGUGUUUCCAAACAUAUGGAUCAGAUUAAGACAAUGAUUGUUCAGCUCAUUGAAAAGGACCAUGCCUACGUUGUUGAUGGAGAUGUAUACUUCUCAGUUGAUAAGUUUCCUGAUUAUGGCCGGUUAUCUGGACGGAAACUAGAAGAUAAUCGAGCUGGUGAACGGGUUGCCAUUGAUUCAAGAAAGAAACACCCUGCUGACUUUGCAUUGUGGAAGGCUGCAAAACCUGGUGAGCCAAAUUGGGACAGUCCAUGGGGCCCUGGAAGACCAGGAUGGCAUAUAGAAUGCAGCGCCAUGAGUGCUCAUUACCUUACUUCCUCCUUUGAUAUUCAUGGUGGUGGGAGGGAUUUGAUAUUCCCACAUCAUGAAAAUGAGAUCGCUCAAAGCUGUGCUGCCUGCUCGAGUAGCAAGGUGGGAUAUUGGAUGCAUAAUGGUUUUGUGACACAGAACAAUGAGAAAAUGUCCAAGUCACUGGGCAACUUUUUCACAAUUCGCGAGGUCACUAAACAAUACCAUCCAUUGGCUUUGAGAUAUUUCUUGAUGAGCACGCACUAUCGUUCUCCUGUCAAUUAUUCGAUUUCGCAACUUGACAAUGCAUCAUUUGAAGUUCUCACACUCUAUCGGGUAAGUAUCAUUUAA